UUUGUCACAAAAUGAGCCUCAAUGCUUGCAGAUCCCAAUUGACCUAUUGGUGAUUACGUGGCUCUAAGCAGGAUCUAACUGACAGACUAGACUAACGAUAAGUAGUCGAGCAACCGAGUUGAAGGCAGUCAAUGAGAUCUAGUCCAUGAUCAUUAUAUUUUGGCAUGGCUUAGAUACGUUUUGGGACCUAAAUAUGUCUGAAGCCAGUCAACAUGCCGGUCAACUUCACGCCUAGAUUAGUGGAUGUCGCCAAGGCGCUCGCGUCGCCUGGCAAUGUCAACAUCAUUGGGGUUGUGGUCGACGUGAUGCCUGGCGUGUGGAAGUCCAGGGGCAGUUCUACCUGCAUCACCUUCACAAUCAAGGACUCAAACCUGGAAAACGGUCACACAUGGGACGGGCUGAAGGUCAAAUACUUCCGCGACAACGAGGAUGCCCUGCCGCCCGUGCAAUUGCACGAUGUCAUCCUGCUGCGCAACUUAUGGGUUCGCUCACUGCAUGGAGGAACCCUGGGAGUGGCCGCGCAGGAUAAGGACAUCCCAUGGGCCAUUUUCCGUGCGGACCUGAAUCCCAUGGCUAGAGCCUCGCCCAUCUGUGGGCCACAGCCUUUUGAGCCUGAUGCGGCCGAGAGGAGGAUAGCCGUGAACCUGUUGGACAAGGUCGCGGGGAUUCAUAGCUUCCGUAAGGCCUCAGUGGAAGCCCGACCUCCGCCGUACCAUGUGGUGCAUGCCUCGGCUCCGAACUCCAGGUCAUACAACCGCAAGAAGUUCUGCCUCAUCAAAGAUAUCGAAGAGAUGACGUUUGUCGACUUGGUCGGAGAGGUGAUCAAGAUAUACCCCAAUGAUAGCGACAAGGCCUUGCUGUACCUGACGGACUACACGUCCAACAAAGAUCUGCACGACUACUCCCCGGACACCGGGGAGGACAACGGUGAAGGCUGCGAAGGGGACACCUUCAACUACCAGCGACGAUUCCGGAAGAAGUGGCCAGGGCCAGCGGGUCAGCUGUCUCUCGCAGUCACAUUGUGGGAGCCGCACGCCGGCUAUGCACGUCAACAUGUCCAGGAAAACGACAUCAUCCUACUCUACAACGUCCACAUCCGUAAGAAUCGCAUCAACGGGCGAUUGGAAGGCGUCGUGCACACCAAUAAGACCAACUCCCAUGCCGCAAACGUGGUUGUCGUGCAACCACACAAGGAUCCGCGCGCCCAGCAGCUGCUCGACCGGAAGACGGAAUACUGGGAAUCGCACUCUCGCAAAAGAAAACCAGCCGACGAAGACCUCCCCGCCAAGGCCCCCAAGAAAUUCAAGUCAAAGCCACGGAAGAAGGAAGCCCCCGAGGAAGGCCAACAGACUCUGGCCCCAGCGGUCACUAGCCGCAGCCGCUACGAAGCGAACUCCAAUGUACGCGCCGGCAACCCGUCCGUUCCCACUCGCAGUCUUGAAGCCAUUGUCACCUCGGAAGAGCACCUUAACCAGUCACCGGACAACAUCGAAUACCGCUUCCCAUUCCAGAACUUCUGCUAUCGAUCGAAAGUUCGCGUCGUCGACUUUUUCCCUCCAAACCUGGAAGACUUCGCGGUUGCUAAGACUCGAGACUCGUCGAGCGAAGCCAGCGACGGAGAAGAUAGCAAUUUCACGACCUGGGAGUGGCGCUUUUGUCUCUUGGUCGAGAGCGUUCCCCCGCCUCCAUUGGGCCAGACAAAGCAACAAGUUAGGCUGUUCGUGUCUGGCGCUGAGGCGGUGUACCUCCUUCGCCUUGAUGCGGUAGACCUGAGAAAGGAUUCGGUCGUCUUAGGGAACCUGCGAGAAAAACUGUUCCAUCUCUGGGGAAACCUAGAGGAACUCAAAAGAGAAGCUAAGAAUGAAGGAGCUGAUGGGAUCCUGCAAGGUUUGGGUGCGUUAUCUCAGCAACCAUUCAACUGCUGCAUUAAAGAGUAUGGUGUCAGGUGCAUGCAUCGCGCUAUCACAGUCGAAGAGAAUAUUGGCGUGGGAUGUACUCAAGAGGACUGCUUCGGCUGGGAGAGACGGUUCGCGAUGUUUAUGACCACAAUAGAUGCCUGAUGGGUUGAAAGUGGCGCUUCUUGUCUACUUUGGACUUCCAUAUAUCGUCUUCAUGAUGCCUUGGUGGUCAAAUUUUAAUCUGGCCCUAGGGUUUCUAUCCUUCACAUCUUGGCUCAUGGCGCCCACCACCAUGUGGCUUGUACUCAUUUGACUCACAAAGCCCUACUGUUAUGUUGAGUACAUUACAAUCUAUCGAGUUCAGC